UGUGAAUAUAAUAAUAAUUUUAAUACCUUUAAUGAAGGUGAGCUGUUUCUUAAACUUACCUUCGUAUUAAUCUGAUCUUUUAGAAAAUAGAGAUGGAUGCCAAAAUGAAGUUAGUGAGACAAAGAGUAGUCAAAGGACAAGUAAUAGAAGUGAGAAGGAUUUUAGUUAAAAAGUAAGUUUAUAAGAAGGAAGUAAGAAGACAGAAGGGAUGAAGAAAAGAAUAAGUAAAGAAUAAGGUUAAAAUGGAAUAAAGAAUUAAGGACAUUGGAGUAAUGAAGAACAUUAGAUAUAUGUUAAAUUUUUAGAGUAGCAUCAUAGUACAUGCAUGGAGAGUUAAUAAAAUCGUAAGAAUAACAAAAUCUUUAAACUGAUGUCAUAAACAAUAGGAACUAGAUCUCCAUCUUAAUGUAGGUAAAAAUUAAUAAAAUGUAGGUCCCACCAUCAGAAAUUUAAUCCUUACACAUUAGCAGGAUAAAAGAGGAAUAAGAGAAACAAGAGAAGAAUGAGUAUUUAGAAUGAUGGAGAGAAUUAUAUGAAUUCGAUGGGAAAGAGUGUAAUAGAAUUUAAUACACCAAUGGUGAAACCAAUAUUAAGUAUAAAUGUUAAAUAUUGAGAUGAAUGUUAUGAUGAGUGUAAUGAUUACAUUUCAAAUUAUGAGGAUUCACGUCCUUAAUUACAAAAUUAUUGUUGUAACUCCAAUUAGGAUCAUGAAUAUGGAAAUAGAUGGGAUCAUGAUUCAUACCUCUAUUGAAUAAGUUUGCA